GAUUAAAAUAUGCCGAAUUAUGACCAAAUUUCCAACAUAAAUUUCUUACUUUUGAAACUUGAAGAGACAGUAGAAAAACUAGAUGGUAAAUAUUUUACUAAAAUAAGAAUACAUAAAAAAUCUGGAGAGAAGGAACGAGAAAAUGAGAAAAUAUGGAUGGUUAAUAUUUUAUCAGCUCUUUUAAUGAAGCAUAACAAAUCUGGAGAGAAGGAACGAGAAAAUGAGAAAAUAUGGAUGGUUAAUAUUUUAUCAGCUCUUUUAAUGAAGCAUAGAUGAGAUGGAAAAGAGAAAAAAGAAACACGGAAGGUGGGGGUGAAAAAAAGAAAAAAAACGGACGAAGGAAAGGUGGAUUGCGGCGGAAAGGUUGGGUGGUAAAACAACGGGAAAACCGGACGGAGGGAAUGUUGUGCGCGCUCGAACUAGCAUUCGGUGCGCAGCAUGCGUAUUAGCACCACUGAUAAGUUUAACAAAUUAAAAAUAAUAAGAAUGAUUUAUAAGUACAUAUAACAAACAUGCCAUUAUUAUUUAAUACUCAGUAACGCCAUAUAAAAAAAUAGCACAUUAAGCAAUUCAUGUUCCAUAAACAAUUUAGUGCAUAAUGCAUCAUUAUAAAAAAUAUAUAAUUAAACAGUUAAUGACAUACCUCUGGUUUUAUAAUUAUUGAUGGUUUAGAUAAAGUUGAGAUCAAACUUUUGUAACUUUGAUCAUCGAUAACUUUUAAAAUAUAGUUUAAAGGUAUUAACACUACAUAUAUAUAACUUUUAAAAAACAGUAAAAAUAUUUUUAUCCAUUAUAUAUAUUAUGAUUAGAUGACAUGGUCAAAAGAUAUAUUUCGAGGAAGUAUAGCACUGACCAACUAUAAAUACCACCUCGCUCAUCAGACUCCAAACAACUCACACAGCUCGCACUUUCCUAGCCCACUAGCCAUCAUGGAGAAGAAGCGGGUGGUCAUCGUCGGCGCCGGCGUGAGCGGCCUGGCCGCGUGCAAGCAACUGCUGGAGCGCGGCUGCCGGCCGGUGGUGUUCGAGGCGGACACCGGCGUGGGUGGCGUGUGGGCGUGGACGCUGGAGGGCACCGCGCUGCAGACUCCGCGGCCCAUGUACCAGUACUCCGACUUCCCGUGGCCGGAGACGGUGACGGAGGUGUUCCCGGACCACCGCCAGGUGAUGGACUACCUCGGCGCCUACGCGCGCCGCUUCGGGGUGCUCGACUGCGUCAGGUUCGGCCACCGGGUGGCGGGGAUGGAGUACGUCGGCGUCGGCAAGGAGGAUGUGGCGGCGUGGGAUGAGUGGGCCGGGAAUGGCGACGCUUUUGGCUCCGGCUCCGGCGAGUGGCGGCUGGAGGUGGCCGACGGUGAGGGCCAUCUUGAGACACACACUGCGGAUUUUGUCAUUCUUUGUGUUGGGAAGUACAGUGGAGUGCCCAACAUACCAACAUUUCCUGCAUGCAAAGGUCCAGAAGCAUUUGAUGGCCAGGUGAUCCACUCCAUGGAUUACUCCAAGAUGGGCACCAAGAAUUGUAAGGAAAUGAUCAAGGGCAAGCGUGUCACGAUCGUUGGCUACCUCAAAUCAGCACUUGACAUUGCUGCAGAAUGUGCAGAAGUAAAUGGUACUGAGAUUCCAUGUACAAUGGUGGUCCGAACAAAGCAUUGGAUCAUACCAGACUAUUAUGCGUGGGGCGUCCCCAUCUCAAAGCUGUAUCUUAAUCGGUUUUCUGAGCUUAUUAUUCACAAGCCUGGUGAAGGCUUACUCCUUAGCAUCUUGGCCACCCUCUUGACUCCAUUGAGGUGGAUAUUUUCGAAGUUUGCAGAAAGCUAUUAUUCCAUUCCAAUGAAGAAGUAUGGCAUGGUGCCUGACCAUAGCCUAUUUGAAGCUUUGAUUACAUGCUUGAUUGCCAUUACACCCAAAGACCAUUACAAGAGAUUAGAAGAAGGCAGCAUCGUUCUCAAGAAAUCAAAGACAUUUAGCUUUUGCAAUGAAGGUGUGCUUGUUGAAGGCGAAUCUUCGCCGAUAAAGAGCGAUAUAGUGAUCUUUGGAACUGGAUUCAGAGGGGGACAGAAGAUCAAGGAGAUGUUCACUUCUGAAUACUUUCAGAGCAUUGCAGUAGGCUCUGCAUCUACAACUAUACCUCUCUACAGGGAGAUCAUUCACCCUAAGAUCCCGCAGCUGGCGGUUAUCGGCUAUUCAGAAAGCUUGGCAAACCUGUACACAUCAGAAUUAAGGGCCAAGUGGCUCGCACAUUUCAUGGAUGGUGGCUUCAGGUUGCCAAGCAUCAGUGUGAUGCAGAAUGAUGUCCAGGAAUGGGAGAAGUUCAUGAAGCGCUAUUCUCGUGCUUACUUUCGCAGAUCCUGCAUCGGAUUCCUUCACAUCUGGUACAAUGAUAAGCUAUGCCGGGACAUGGGGUGCAACCCGAGGAGGAAGAAUGGAUUUUGGGCUGAUUUAUUCGACGUUCAUGGCCCUGUUGAUUAUAUUGAUCUUCACCCCAAGAAAGAGUAGUACUUUGGGCUCGGAGUCGUGUGGAAUAAUUUUAUCGUCUGAUCAUGCUUGUUUUAAGAUUAUUACUACCUGCUUUCUUGGAUUUCUGUUGUUUUGCAUAGUGCAAAUUCAGUAAACCGUGUUUAGGGGAGGAUGAAAAUUAAACUCGUUA